CUUUCGGACACUGAUCGACGUUCCAUAAACCAAAUCAUUCGCUGUUUAUUCUCCCGAGUUCCAGCUACACCGUCCUGCACUCCUGCACAAUAUAAUAUAGAAAAUUAUAUAAUUUAAAAUACGUAUAUUUGUAUUUUUUAAAGUCAUGAAGCAUAAAAAAACAGAAAUGGUUUCAAACACGAAAAAUUCAAGUACAAUUUCACAAAAUAAAAAAAAAUCAAAUUCAAAACAUAACUAUCUCAGGGAUAUAUCAAAUAUUUGCGAUACAAAAGAUGAUACAGAGACAAAUAAAGUAAAAUGUCAAGAACUAGUUGAAAAAACAAUAGAAACAUUUAAUAAUGAACAAAAUAAACAUAAAGAGAUACCAAUUUUAAAAGUACACAACCAAUUCAUAAGUGCUGAAAAUAAAUUUGAAACAAAAAAAAAUAAAAAAACAACAAAUAAAAUGAAAACCUGUACUAAUGCUAUACAAGAAAAACUAACAAAAACGCCUAAAAAAACAAACACAGAAAUGAAAAAAGUAGGAUCCAUUCAACUAAUUGAAAAAAAGUCGUACAAAUUACCAGACAACAAUGAAGGAAUACUUACUGAAGAAAGUGCAUUUGUUAACGUCGUGGAGCUCAAAAACGAAAAUUUAGAUGAAACUGUUCUAAACAAAAAAAAUUCAAAUUCAAAAGGCCCCAAUGGUCGCCCUAAAUGCAUCGUCCGUGCUGCUUAUCAAAAAAAUAUUAAUAAUGAUUCGUCAAUUCCUAAUUGUCAGCACAAAAGAAAAUUAUUGCGUAUGAAAAAAAUGAUAAAUAAUUUUCAUAAACGUUUUAAGAAAAUUGUAUUGUAAUCCAUAUGUUUUAAAUAGGUAUUUAUAUAUUCUUUUUAUAUUAUUAAAGCAUCUUUAAAAUGUAUAUUUUUAAAAUUAUUUAUUUUUACAGUGUUAAUUUUUGUAUUUUUUAGAAUGUUAAUACAUUUAUUAGGUAAAUUAUACAUUAUAAACAAUACCUAAUAAAUAUAAAAAGAACAUUUUACAUCUUAAUAUAAAAAUUUAUAAAAUA